AUGCUUGAAGAUAUGGCUGCCUUCGGCGCAAAUAAUAGUUUCUUCGCGUGCAAUGAUAGAGGCCAAUGUUCCAGCGGCGCUUGUGCCGGCCAGUCUUGCGAAUGGAACCCUGCUAAGCCUGACUCAAAGAGCAAACGAGCCGACGAUGAUGACGGUGACCCUAUGGAUGUUGAUUCAAGCCAAAACUGUAUCAGUGCCAUCCCCGCCAUGAUGUACAACUGCAAAUACUUCCCCGACAUGACGCUGAGUGGAAGAUCACUUCCUGGUGUUUGCCAGAAUAUUAUGAAGUAUUUCACUCAAGCAGGUCUUGGCUCCGGUCCAUUCAGCGCCACUUUCAGUCUCGAAGGCCAAAGUGAGAAUGGCACAAAUCGACAGGCGGUUUGCGGUCGCAAGUCUGGGCACAAAUACUCUAUCACGGAUGAAAGUGGUAAGCAGGUGGAAUAUGAAGGCACGUGA